AGCACAACAUCCAAUCCUUGAACCAACAGUUAUAAUGAUGGACACAGUUAUUUUUAUUGUCGUAAUUUAUCUGCUAGACUUGGUUUACGACACAGAACAAGCUUGGGCAGUAAUCUGUGUAUCGGGCGUAACUUGUGGAGGAAAGAGUACGAUUACGAGAGCGUUACACAGCAAGUACGUCGGUUCUGUGUUGGUGAAGCAGGACAGUUACUACCUCAAAGAUGACGAUCCCAGACAGGUACAACUGCCCCAUCUCAACUGGAGAAAUAGAGAGUUGAUGAGCUCAAUAGAUAUGGAACGGAUGAACAAAGACGUUAGUGAAGUGAUUUCCAGGAACAAUACUUCAUCACCAAUUUUAUUCCUCGACGGAUUCAUGUUAUACUAUGACAAAACGGUCACAAGUCGAUGUGAUGUAAAAUUCUUCUUUGUCCUGGGAAAAGACACUUGUAAAACGAGGCGUAAGAAACGGAAUAGAAGAGUUCCUGACAUAGAUCGCUACUUUGAAGAAUACGUGUGGCCCGCGCAUGUGGAAUACAAGCAUACCGUGUUUAGAGAAAUGCCCGAUUUAAUCCUCGUAGACGGGAGUGCAAAUAAUGUUACAAUCAUAGAAAAUAUGUCAUCGGAAAUCGGAAAAGCAGUAAAGUUAAAAAACAGAUAA